AUGGCCGACCGGUUCCCUUCAAUUGAGGACAUUGACGCAGGCGAGACAGACGUCAGACCCGACACCAGCGGCCAAGGGGACUUCCUCGAACGCGAACGAGCACUACUGGGUGAGGACGCGGAGCUCUUCAACGCCAACUCCGGCAGACCGGCUGCUACAGUACAAGAUGGAGACGACGACCUAUUAGGCGGGGACGAUGAUUUCACACCUGCUCCGGCGCAGCCCUCGGGGGGUGCGGCGCCCGACGAUCUCGACGACUUUGAGAGCUCUUUCCCUGCCAUUGACACAAGAAACGACAACGUCGGACCCGGCGGCACGAUAACCGACAGCACCCCGGCCCCGUUCACCGGCUACACGAACUACACGGCGCCGUCGGGCGAGGGAGAGAGCGAACCGAUCCGCGCGUGGCGCGAAAAGCGCGAUGCCGACAUUGCCCGCCGCGACGAAGCCUCGCAGCGCAAAAAGGAAGAGACCGUCUCCACGGCCCAGAAAGACAUUGACAGCUUCUACGAAUCCUACAAUCGGAAAGUCGACAAGCAGAAGGCCCAGACGCAGAAGGAGGCCGAAGAGUUUUUGGCCAAGAGAGAGGAUACCACUGCAGAGGGCACCGCGUGGGAGAGAAUUGCCAAACUGGUGGAUUUGAGUGGCAAGGGCCAAUCUGGAGGAGGCGACGGGAGCUCCAAGAAGAAGAUGAGGGAGUUGUUGCUCAGUCUGAAGGCUGAUAAAGACGCCCCGGGAGCAGGAGGCGUGUAA